UUUAUCCACCAGUAACUUUAUUCACUUCCUCUGGCUUUUGUUAUAUUUCAACAUCGAAAACGAAACAUUACGGGCAUGUGGUUUAGUAGUCUGUGUAAGUACCUUUACGAGAAGAUGUAUUCCCAGUCACAUCACAAGACCUCUUCCUUGAACAACCGAUUCCAAGACUAUGUGGAACGGCGCCUUACAGAGGUUCAUUACCAGGGUUGUCCUUCUUUUGGUGGAGUAAAAAAGAAAGCUCUUCCUUUCAUAUUUGCAGUAUUAUUUAUAAUUCUGAUCCCUUUUCUACAUAUUGCUGUCUUCUACAAAUUAAUCUGGGUACCAGAUAAAGCCCCUGUUGAUCGUUCCGGCUGCACUUGUUCCUGUUUUGACACCGUCUUCCGUGGUGCCUACGAAAACCAAGGAAUCGUUUUGUACAAACACAUCUACUUCAACGCAACCUCACAGACCUUCGGAGUUUGGAUUUUCACCGUAUUCUUUGUAGCAAUAACAUACGAAAGUCUAAAGUACAUCUACAACUUAUUAUUUCCUCGACUGCAUGUCCGCUGGGUGAUGUUCGGUCUGUUUGCCAUAAACAUCUACCCUCAUUAUUAUUCCUGGUGGUCCAUAUUCAACUACUUCAACGAAGAUUUUUAUCCAUACUUCUACCACCACAUCUACUUCAUGGUCACCGAAAUGGUUGUUACUGCUUUAGUCCUAAACAUGUGUGACUCUCGCAAUUCCGUCACCUUCAAGAAGAUAUUUUUCAUCUUGUGCAUUAGCACAAUACACAUCUUGCUCAGCGGAAUGGACCAAUUCAUUACACACGUAAUCUACGCGCAUGGACGAACAUUCCAAAACGUACGAAAUGUUGCUUUAAUGGUUCCUGAUUUGGCCCACUUCCUGGUGAGUUGUUGGAAGCUGGUAGAGUUAUAUCGUUCCAAUGACUUGCCAGUCUCGGAAUAUGGCUAUAAAGAAGGCAUAGGGCUAGCAUUUGUAUUUAUUUCUGUUGGGACAGUGUUUGGGAAAUUUCUCUGAGAAAUAUCAGGUAUUAUGGAAAAAUUUCAAUCAUAUAUAUAUAUAUAUAUAUAUAUAUAUAUUACUGAACUAUUAGCACCAAGCAGUGUUUAGUCACAAGCAAAGUUUAGGUUAGUUAAAAUAUGUUUCUAACCUAUUUCAACUGCUAAAAGGCAAAUCCGCUACAGAUGCCAUGGAGAAAUUUUUUCUCUUCAGUUGCAGAUUCACUUUUUUAUCAUAAGAGAAAAAUAUUUUCUAUGGCAUCUGUAGUGGGUUUGCCUUUUAGCAGUUGAAAUAGGUUACAAACAUAUUUUAACUAACCUAAACUUUGCUUAUAUAUAUA